GUCAUCAGGUCGGCAAAUCAGUUGUGUCGAUGCUGAGUGCAAGUAGAGAGAUAUGUUAUUUUUGUCAGUAUAGUGUUGAAGCUUUCAGUGAAAGUUGAGGAGAAAGGACUGUGACUGUUAUCGCUGCUCCUAUUUAAACAAUUGAGAAAAGUCAUUUUGCCGGCAUUACGAAACUUGUUAAAUCGCCACCAUUGAAAAUAGAAUAUCGAAACUCGGAAUACAUUCGUAGCGCUGAAGAAAUAAUCCUACUAUUGUAUAUUAUAAGAAGGUCAUUGUGACAUUAUUAGUUGUGUUCUGUGUCUCCCUGACUCUUUGUGGAUAUUUCUGUGCGUGUCUGUGCAAUAUCUCUCAAAUAUGGAGGUUUUGCCAUGUCCUGUAAAUGUGGAUUUUAAUAACACGAGAGCCGGAACAGUGGCCGAAGAAUUUGACGGAGCUUGUCAGGCUCUAGCAAAACGAUUGGAAGUUGAACUUAGGCGAGCAAAACAUGUACAGUUAGCAUGCGGGGAAGUUCUGUUACCUUCUGAUCUUUUACCUAGAAUUGCUAAAACUGUACUUAGCAUGGCUGAGAACGAACCUUGCGGCCUUAGAGGUUGCACCUUGUUUAUUAGCUUCGAAACAGAUAGUGUAUGCAGGAAAUUGUCAAAGAUACAAUGUGAUCCUAAUACAGUAUCAACAUUUGAACUUUAUUUGACUUUGAAACAAGAUCAUACAUCUUGGCAUAUUCUGUUACCUCAGUUUUUGAAAAAUCUUACACGGGGAGGUACUAUUAUGAUCAGUAGAGAUUACACUUUAGAGAAAAAAAAAUUAUAUAGAUCGUAUCAGCAAUGAAUGAUACCACUAUGUCCAGGAGUCAUUGCAUGAUUGUCUUGAUAAUUGUGAUUAUUCGAAGCUCCUCUAAUUAUAAGUAGGCUCCAAUGUGGCCUUUUUUACUUUCCACACAAAAUAAGCAGAUCAAUUUUUCUGAUGUGCUUAUAUUUCGCGAUAUAUUUCAUUUAACGGUAGCUAACAUAAGGAACGAGUAACAGAAAAGUAAAGUAUAAUGUAAAGAGAAGAGCGAGGAAGAAAGAGGCAGAAUCUGUGCGUUUUGACAAUUGUGAUAGUAAAGCAUAAAAAGAUUUGUAGUAUUGUUAAGGCUGAAAAGUUUCUUUACGUGAUUUCUAGAUUUUGAAUAUUGCCUGACAUUUGUAAUUCGUUUUAAAUAUAAUUGUUUCUUUAUAUGUAAGUGUAAACAUAUCUGAUCAAUCAAUGCUGCAGAUUAGAAUUUCUAUAAUAAUGUAGAUAGUGUGUUUUAUGAAUUAAUUUUAAAAAUAUUUGGUGAUACAAAUUUCUAGAUUUGCGUAGGGGGACAUUCUCUCAUAAGAGAUGUAAACUGUAUCUUCGUUUAACGAAGAAAUGACUUGGUAUGUAAGACUUGUAACAAUAGUUUGUUUGCGUUUACACGUAAUAAUGCGAUAAAAUUUAAAUCAACUUUUCUUGAUUAGUAACAAGAAUAAAAAUAAUUAAACUAUAGAAGUAGUAAUAAGAAUAGAUAUGUAGUUUCAAAAAUGCCAAUGGAUAUCUAAAGUAAUUUCAUUUGAUACAAAUAGAUUUGUACAAUUUCACCUGACCUAAUUUUCUUCUAUGAUGUAUCCCUUUUUAUCUAUUAAUUAAUUAUCAAUUGAUGUAAUUUAUCUAUCUUUCUGUAUACACAUACACAUACAUGUAACCCAUUUUUUCAAUUAUUUCAUUUUCAAUGUCUCAAUGUGAUUUUCUUGUAUGAAAAAUCUUAAUACUCUUAGAUAUCGAUUGGUGACAAUGUUGUGAUAGUAAUAAAACAAAAAAACACAAUUGACAUAAAAUAGGAAUCUGUACAAUAAUAUUUUAGAGGAUUGGACAUACAUGCAACUUCUUCAAUAUCUGUAAUAUCUAUAAUUCCGAGAAACAGUUUGUCUAAUUAUGAUAUUGUCGGUUUAUUAUUAUUAUCAUCUUAUAUAAUUAUAUUAUUUUAAUCAAAUAAGCUUCGUUUAUGAAAUUUAAAAUGACUGUAUUGGAAGAGAAAACGAAAAAAUAUGUAGGAGCAACCACGUGUAUGACUUUAUAAGACUGAUCAGUGUUAGAAUUUCAAGAUAAUAUUUGUACGCGUGUAAAAGUAUUCGGAACGAUAAAGAAGAGAUAUUGAAUCGCACACCGAAUACAGAUCGAAGAACUUUGGACAAGUUUCGUGAAUUAAAAGUAGUUGAAAACAAAACGUUCUCCCUACGCUUGUUAUAAUAACAAAGAAAUUAGAAGAAAAAAGAACACCUGAUUCUAUUGAUUACGUAGGAGUAAUCAGAGUAUAAGACGCUGUUACAUAUAUUUUGUACUUCAUUAAAGACAUUAGAAGUAUAGUGUGUGUAUGUGUGUGUGUGUGGAGAGAGAGAGCGUAUGGGUAUGCGCGCGCGCGCGCAUGUAUUUAAUUUUUUAUAUUUGAUAUAUAUUGUUAAAUAUUAUUUGCUUAGAAAAAAUGUGGCGAAAAGUUGAGAAAAAUACAAAUUUUGAACGUUAUAUCUGAUAUGCAUUUCAUCUUUUUUUUUUCUUUCAUUAGUUCAUAUUCAUUUAAGUUCAUUCAUAUAUUCUUUUUCUUCUUAAUAAAAUUUACUCCACAUACAACUUUCAUUUGUAAAAUUUCCAUUACAUCGAACAUAUACAUAGAUCCUUUUAUCGAUUAAAUUGUUGUAGAUAUAUAAAACAUCUAGUUUUUCUUCAGCUCAAUACCGCCUAUAUGUGAUGUUGAUUCUAAUUUGUGAUCUUAACAAUAAACAAAGAUUAUAAAAAAUAUUUGUUUUAUUUACCCAUAUUUAUUUCAUUCGUUUCACAUUUAAAGUGUUCGAUUCAGGAUAGUCGCUGUGAUCUGGUAAAAUUGUACACAAGAUCUCUAUCCUGCAAAAUGAUACAUCUUACAUGAGAAUUCCUUCUUUUUUAUUUACUAAAAAUUGUUAUAAAAUUCUACAAAAUAUUUUUUCCACCUCUUCUACUUUUUGUAAAAUUUUAACUAACUUUACCUCUCCAAUGAUCGUUGGAGUGGUAUCUUCGCUGCUGUUUCCUUUUUCCAUGGCAAGAGUUUCAUUUUAUUUUGUUUUAAAUUUUUCGACAAUUGCUGAAUAUUUGUUAUGUUUUCCUGUUUACUAUCAUCCUUAUUGUUGCCAUUUUGCUUUGAAAUCUUUACCAAUAAGUCAGUCUUAUUCUUUUCUUUGAAAUUAUUUGGUCGAUCAUAUAUUCUUUCUGUUGAAUCUAUGGUAUGUUGUUCAGGCAUAGGUAAAUAGCUGUCGUUUUUCGAAUAACUAUUUGAUUUUUUCCUUUCAUUAAAUACUUUACAUGAUUUUUUUAUUUCAGAAGAUAUCAUCGUUCCCUCUUUAUUCUUUUGUUUUAAUUUUUCUUUGUUAAUAUAUCUUAAUUUUGUUUGUUGUUUUUGCGUGAUUCUAUUUAAUGGCUUCGUAGCAAUUAUCGAUGGUAAUGGGGGAAUAAAUGUUAGUGUAGGUGUUGAUUUUUGGAUAGAAAUUUGCGAUACCUUCCCAAAUAUCCAGGAGUCGACAGACGAAGGUUGCGGUUCGACAUCGACAAUCAAAUGUAUCGCCUUUCCAGUUGUAUCCUGUCUCCAAUAAGGAUCUAAUCUUAAGAAUAUCCACUAUAAGAAAAAGAGAGGAAGUAGGUAAAAAUUAGAGAAGUUAGAAAAUGAAGGAUACUCGCAUUGAACAACCGUAGCCAAACCACACGGGCACAUUCACUAUUGAAUUGGAACAGUUUCUUUUUGAAAUAAUAUUUUUCAAACACAUUUGCGAUUGCUGUGCUAACAAUUUCUUCGCGAAUAUAACCAAUUUGAUGUUCCGUUAAUUGGUCCUGUAGGAAAUCAUGCCACUUCAGUUCUUGAACGUCAGAUGGAAAUAAAUGAAACAUGCUGAGAAAUUGAUAUUCCAGCCAAUUAUAUACACUAUUUUCUUUCAAAUUUAAUGAAUUUAUUCUUCUUUCAUUCAUCUUUUUCUCUUUAUUCUAUAGAAAAAUAUUCAAUGAUAUUGUAAUUAGUCAUUCUUUAAAUCACUUAAUUGUUUAAUAUUAAGAUAUGAUACGUAUUUAUUAUAGUACAUUAUGCAGAUUGAUUUGAGUAUGAUAUGUAACAACUAUAAUAAAAUUCAACUACACAUACUUAACCUUUAAACGUUUUAUUUCUUUCUUUAUAUAUUUAUUGUCUCGAAGUAUUCUUUUUUUUCUCUUCGUAUAGAAUGUACAAUAAUAUGUGCGCAACAAAUAAAUAAAAUUUGUUGGCGCAGGGAAUUUCUUUACAAUCAAGGAAAUUACAUGUGUAUCAUCAUCGUUCGUGUUUUUUUUAUAAAUAAAUAUCUUAAACUCAGAAACGAUACAUAUAUACAUACCCACAUGCAUGUAUAUAUGUUACAAUGUACGAAGCAUAGGUAGAAAAAAGAAAAUUACGAGGUUAAAUACGUUUUACAUUAUUUAACAUGAGCCUCGAAAUGCAAUUUAUAUUUUCUACUUUGAUUUUUAUUAUAAUAGAAAUAUUUAACAAACAUUUAUUUUUUUAAUUUGUAUUGAUCGUAUUAUAUGACCUUUUAUAUAAAUCAGUUUAAUCACAUAGAAUAAUUCAAAUUACCUCAUGAAACAAGCAAAAAACGUAAAAGAAGAUACGAGGUAGAUUCGACAAUGUAUCUACGAUUAUUUCUUCGAGUCAACUCGACUUACAGUACUAUUACUUAGUUAUACCAUUUCUUUUUUUUUUUUUAAGAAAUUAACAAAUAUUUUACGAGAUGAUAACUCGAAACAAAAAUGCAAAUUUCUCAUACUGCAACUGUCAUUUUCCUACUGUAAUUCUUAAAUUCGAGCUUCUGCGUGAAUGAACACAAAUGACGAUAAGACCUCUUCGGUAUCGCGAAUACUUUCACGAUAUACACUCACGAUAAAAUAAUACUGAUUUCCUUGUUCACGCAUUGACCGCAUGUCUUCCUUGCUCAUUACAUGUUACUUGUUCUCCUACCGGUACACUGAUCGCAUACUUUGCACGGUUUAAUCACUGAAAAA